AUGGUUAUGGUUUCUGCUUUCAUCUUCAUUGGGUUUCUUCUUGGCGUGGUUGUUGUUGUUGGUGUUGAAUUUCUUGGUUUCCUGUGGAUCCUUAAACGACUGCGUUGCAAGAUUGACAGUGAUAAAGCUAGAAUUUCAUCAAUAUCCCGAAUUGGUAGUAGUAAUAGUUCACAAUUUGAUGAUUCUCAACAUUCUUUCAAAAAAGAGAUUGUUCAUGUGAUUGAUAUUGGAUUUCGGUUUGGCUUUGGCUUUCUUCAGGGUGUGGUUUGGGUUUUAGAACCAGAAAAGGUUUCAAAGUACUUUGUGGAAAGGUCAUCAAAAGAGGUGAAAAAGAAAAAAGAACUUUUUGAGGUUUCUCCUGUUAGGAAGUAUGGUAAAAUCAAUUAUCAGUCACUUGUUCUCACUGAACCUGAUGGAUUGGAUACAGCCAUUCAACUCAAGGGAUGCAUUGUUGAAGCUGUUUCUGCCACAAGCCUUCCUACAAAAAAAUGGGCAAAAAAGUUCCCUAUCAAAGUGGAAAACAAGACCUCUGUGAUAUACCAUGGAAGCAAAACUCUUUACGUAUAUCUUGAGACUUCAUCCGAGAAAGAGGCAUGGUGUAAGGCCCUUCGAAUGGCCUCAUGCAAUGAGAAAGAAAAACUCCAAUGGUUUUCCCAAUUGCAAGAAGAGUUUCGUAGUUAUCUGACAUUGUUAAAUACUGAAUAUUAUUCCUAUAUGAAACCGUCAGUAGGAUCAAAUUUUGAAGCAAUAGAAAGGGCUACUAAGACGGAUGGCUCUUCCUCAAAGGUUCGUCAAUUUUUGAAAAAAAUUACAAGAAAAAGUUCUCGCGUUGGUUUGGAUAACAAAUCAAGUUGGACUUCGUUGUCAGUCCGUGAAGAUAAAAAAAAAACUGAUAAGCUUCGUGCUUGUCAAGACGCAGUUUUAGCCACUAGCUUCUUGAAAAGUGCUGCAGCAGCUAAUCAUCCGAAAAGUUCAAUGUCAGAUGAUGCUUCACUAUCAUCUUCAUCAUUGUCUCAUUCAGGAAGGCAAAGUCAAUUUUCAACAUUGUCUCAUUCAGCGAGCCAAAGCCAAUGUUCUGUCUGUUCUGACACCGAUGAAAAGUUUGGCAUUGAUGAAGGAACAUUAUGUUGGAAUUUGUUGAUUUCCCGACUCUUUUUUGAUAUCAAAGGCAAUGAGCAAAUGAAGAAAUCUGUACAAGAAAGAAUUCAGAGGACGUUGUCCAACAUGAGAACUCCUGCUUAUGUCGGUGAAGUCGUCUGUACAGACAUCAACUUGGGGAAUGUUCCACCCUGUAUCAUUGGGAUGAGGGUUCUUCCGAUGGAAAUGAGUGAGGUAUGUGCCUUAGAGGUUGACAUUGAAUAUUCUGGAAGUUCAAUAUUAGAAAUUGAAACAAGGCUAGAAGUUUGUGAACUGGAGAAAGAGGGCUCAAAUCCCGAGUUAAGCAAGGUUGGGUCUGUCCCAUCAGAUAUUCUUCAAGAUUUUGGAUAUUUUGAUAAGCAAUUAGGUCUUGCCGAAGGAAUGAUUGAUUUGCAAGAACCUAAAGAAGAUGGUGACCGGAAGCAAUUAGGUCUUGCAGAAGGAAUGAGUGGUAAACAAUUAGGUACUUAA